UAUAUUCAUUUAAUUCCGGUCGGUUGUCUAUUCUAGAAAUCGCAUAUUAAGUUUGAGAAGAUCACUUAACUUUAUCUAUCACAGCAUCUCCAAAAUCAUGAUCCUGAUUUUAAAAUCUUUACCAAAUUGGCUGUAUCUCCAUCUACCAUCUUGAAUUAUUGCAAAUUAGCCGAUUUCUGUGCACCUCCUCCAGACACACACCACUGCAUAAACACCACAACUUCGAUAAUACAUUGAAAAACGCCAUGGCUACCACCAUACUCGAAAUAUGCCGAGUUCCAGCUCCACCAGGCGCCGCCGCUGACCUAUCGCUGCCUCUUACUUUCUUCGACAUCCCUUGGCUGCAUUUCCAUCCAAUCCGUCGCCUUCUCUUUUAUGACUACCCUUGUUCUAAGCCUUAUUUCUUGGAGACCGUGGCUCCAAAACUCAAAGAAUCUCUAUCCCUCACUCUCAGGCACUAUCUCCCCCUAGCGGGCGAUUUGAUCUUCCCUCUCAACUCGGAGAAAAAGCCUGAAAUCCAAUACGUGGCCGGGGAGUCGGCAGUUUCACUGACAAUCGCCGAGUCUGCUAGUGAUUUCCACCAUCUUACUGGAAACCAUGCGCGAGAUGCUGAUCAGUUCUAUGAGUUUGUGCCCGAGAUAGAUCCUGUAACAGAUGAAUCCGAGUACCAAAGGGUCCCUGUUGUGGCCCUGAAAGUGACAUUGUUUCCGGGUCGUGGUAUAUGUGUUGGGUUCGCCAAUCUUCACUGUCUUGGCGAUGCGAGUUCGGUUGUAGGCUUUAUUAAAGCAUGGGCUUCAAUCAGCAAACUCGGGGGGGAUGAGGAGGAGUUUCUGACCAAACACGCUGAAUCUUUGCCAAUUCUAGACAGAUCUGUCAUUAACGACCCGCUUGGAAUUGAUACCAUCUUCUGGAAAGUAAUAAGAGACGUUCCUUUGAAAUCAUCGUCUUUUCCAUUACCCACCAACCGGGUCCGGGCGACAUAUAUUCUCCGUCAGGCAGAUAUAGAAAAGCUCAAGGAUUUCGUCUUGGCGAAGAAACCAGGUCUACUUCAAGUCUCUUCUUUCGUCGUCACAGCGUCUUAUGUUUGGACUUGCUUUGUCAAAUCCGAGGAGCAAGUGGAUGAUGAUGAUGUGCUGGAAUUCUUCAUUUUCGCAGCGGAUAUACGGGCACGGAUUGAUCCGCCAGUUCCCGCCAGUUACUUCGGCAACUGCUUGGGUUACGGGGCGGCGAAAAUCGAGCAUAAACAGCUUGUGGGGGGAGAAGGGUUUGUGAUUGCUGCAGAGGCUAUUGCUGACCAAAUCAAAAAUAGGGUGAACAACAAGGAGGAAGUGUUGAAAGGUGCUGAGAAUUGGCUAUCAGAGAUUAACAAAAUGAAAACGAUACGAGCAUUUGGGGUGUCUGGAUCCCCGAAAUUCGACUUGUCCAGUGCGGAUUUUGGAUGGGGAAGGGCAAGAAAGCUGGAAGUGGUUUCCAUUGAUGGAGAGAAGCAUUCCAUGUCUUUGUGCAAGUCAAGGGAUUCAGAGGGAGGAUUGGAGGUUGGCAUAUCUUUGCCAAAGGCAAGAAUGGACGCUUUUGCAGCUAUCUUCGAAGAGGGGCUAAGGUUUUGAUAGUGUAUGUUACUUGUUCUGGAUAAUUAUCGUCAUCUGCUUUUGAUUGUUGAGUGCCUGUAUACUUUCAUUUGAAUUAAGGGAUAAUUACACUCCGCUUUGAUGAGAUUUGGUAAAUUAGA